AGCAGCAGGGAAGGUGGAGGCUGCCUCGUAGCAGCUGUGGUUGCCUGCACUGGUGCAUUGUGCAUGUAGGUUGGAGCAGGUGCUUGUGAGAGCUCAGAGGAUGCUGGCAGGCAGGGAGGGAGGGAUCUGAGCAGCUCACGUGUCUCCUCUGCCUUUUUCCUCCUCUCGCCCUGCUAAUGCUGGGCUUUUCUCUCUGUCACUGCAGGCUCAGGAUGGAGAACUAGCAGCCUCUGGGCACUGCAGCCUAGAACCCCCUGCCCCAGUUGCUGCUCCUCUCCCACACCCUCCAUUUGUGCUGGUUUUCAAAGGUCCAUUUUCUCCCUCUCUCCUCAUCUGGCAAAAGAAAGCAAAGGAAGAGCGCGCCCACCUCUCAAUGCGAAGCCACAAGAAGAAGAAAGGGCACGAAGGUCUCUCUCCAGAGCAGCGUGAGCCCAGCCGGGGCAGAUCCCAGCACACGCCGAGCCUGGGGGGAUUAUGAGGCAAACAUGAGCCUCCUGCAGAAGUGGGUGUUAGCAGCUUUCAUCUCCCUCGUGCCUCAGUCAGCAGGUCACGCCAAGGCGGAGACGCAGCCUGGUGCUUUGCAGGGGAGGUUUCCCAGCCCCAGAUGGGACACAAGGCCGGUCGCUUCAGAACUCACCCACCCCAGCAGGUUAGUGGGGCAGAGCGCGGGAGGAGAAGUCCAGAAGCAUCAGCUGGACACCAGGGUCAGGAAUGAGCCUCGAGGAGGAGGCAGCCCUUUUGUGCACCUGGCCCAGGUGAGCUUCCUCAUUCAUGCCUUUGGCUCGGCCUUCACCUUGGACCUGGAGCUGAACCACCACCUGCUCUCCUCGCGCUACGUGGAGCGGCGCUUUGGCCAGGAUGGGAACAGCAGCCACAGCCCGGGAGCGGGGGAGCACUGUUACUAUCAGGGCAAACUCCGAGGGGAGGCGAAGUCCUUGGCAGCUCUGUCCAGCUGCCGUGGUCUGCACGGUGUCUUCUCGGACGGGAGGGAUAUGUACCUGAUAGAGCCCCGCAGAGCAGCCGAGCGUUGGCAGGGGCCCCUGCCUCACCUGAUCCAGCGCAUGCCUGCUCCCCGGCCCGCUCAGGGGUGCACAGAGCCAGGCUGCCUGUUUGCUGCCCUGAGUCACCAGGGCCCAGACACCCAGCCCAGACUGAGAAGGAGGCGGCAGGUGCGGCGAGCCCAGCGCACCGUGCACAGCGAGACCAAGUACAUCGAGCUGGUCGUGGUCAACGACCAUCAGCUGUUCGAACAGUUGCGCCGCUCUGUGGUCCUCACCAGCAACUUUGCCAAGUCCGUGGUGAACCUGGCGGACAUGAUAUACAAGGAGCAGCUGAACACGCGCAUCGUGCUGGUGGCCAUGGAAACGUGGGCCUCCAAGGACAAGAUCCACGUGGAGGAGGAUUCGUUGCAGACGCUGAGCGAGUUCAUGAGAUACCGGACGGAGGCGCUGCCGGAGCAGAGCGAUGCUGUCCACCUCUUCUCUGGGAGGACGUUCCAGAGCAGCCGCAGCGGGACUGCCUACAUCGGAGGGAUCUGCUCGCUCACCCGGGGUGGGGGUGUCAAUGAGUACGGGAACGUUGGCGCCAUGGCUGUGACUCUGGCUCAGACCCUCGGGCAGAACAUUGGCAUGAUGUGGAACAAGCACCGGAGCUCUGCAGGGGACUGCCGGUGUCCAGAUUCCUGGCUGGGGUGCAUCAUGGAAGACACGGGGUAUUACCUCCCGCGCAAGUUCUCCCGCUGCAGCAUCGAGGAGUACAGCCAGUUCCUGCAGGAGGGUGGGGGCAGCUGCCUCUUUAACAAGCCCUUAAAGCUGCUGGACCCCCCUGAGUGUGGCAAUGGCUUUGUGCAGGCCGGAGAGGAAUGCGACUGCGGCUCGCUUGCGGAGUGUGCAAAGGGCGGCGGCAAGUGCUGCAAGAAGUGCACCCUGACCCACGAGGCCAUGUGCAGCGACGGGCUCUGCUGCAAAGGCUGCAAGUACGAGCCGCGGGGCACACCAUGCCGGGAAGCCGUGAAUGAGUGCGACAUCCCGGAGAGCUGCACUGGGGACUCCAGCCAGUGCCCACCCAACCUGCACAAGCUGGACGGCUACUUCUGCGACCACAAGCAGGGCCGGUGCUUUGGGGGCAGCUGCAAAAGCCGGGACAGACAGUGCAGUGCACUCUGGGGGCGUGCUGCUGCCGACAGGUUCUGCUACGAGAAGCUGAACGUGGAAGGGACCGAGAGAGGGAACUGUGGGCGCGAGGGCCCAGCCUGGGUGCAGUGCAGCAAGCAAGACGUCCUGUGCGGCUACCUGCUGUGCACUAAUAUCACGGGCGUGCCGCGGCUGGGCGAGCUCAGCGGGGAGAUCACCGCGAUGACCUUCUAUCACCAGAACAGACCCGUCGACUGCAGAGGUGGGCACGUCCAGCUGGUGGAUGGGUCAGAUCUGAGCUAUGUGGAGGACGGCACGCCCUGCGGCCCCAGCAUGCUGUGUCUUGACCACAAAUGCCUUCCCGCAGCAGCCUUUAAUUUCAGCUCCUGCCCUAGCAGCUGGGACGGGAUGAUCUGCUUUGACCAUGGGGUCUGCAGCAAUGAGGGCAAGUGCAUCUGCCAUGCUGACUGGACGGGGAAGGACUGCAGCGUCUACGACCCCAUGCCGGAGCCCAAGCCCACCAGUGAAACCGAGAGAUACAAGGGGCCCAGCGGCACCAACAUCAUUAUCGGGUCCAUUGCUGGCGCGGUGCUGGUGGCGGCCAUUGUCCUCGGGGGAACUGGCUGGGGAUUCAAGAACAUCCGGAGAGGAAGGUCGGGAGGGGCCUAGCCUGGCCACCCCGCUCUGGUGGCUCUCUGGCUGUCCGCCUGCCCUGCCACGGGGGCAGGGAGAAAUCUCCUUAAAUAACAAACCAGCCACCAAAUAAUGAUGCGACGAGAUGGGUGAACAAUCAGUGACGUCUUCCGCUUCUGCCUGGUGCCUGGCGUGGCCCUGGCUGCACCUGGCGAGGCCGGGGGGCCUCCCACGCAGCCUUGCACUGGAGGGACCUGGAUGGCACAGACUCUGCGUGGACCCCGCAGCCUUGUGCACAGCUGGCCAAGUGCACUGUCUCCUCGCAGGCCGGCUGAUGUCCGACCCUGCCUGAAUGUAGCUUCCACCCCCCACCGCACUGUACUACCACCAAGGAAUGUACCCGCUCGCCGCCCCACAGACCACGGCACGCCACCCACCUGCCGCCCCUCCACUUCCCUGUUGCGCAGGGACUGGGUGGCAUGGCUAACAGCGGGCAAAGGAGCGCUGGGGACAGGCGAGGAGCCGGCUGGAAUGGAGUCAGAGCCAUGACCGAGUGGCUGCCUGGGCUCCCAUCAUUCGCGUAGCCUGGUCUCAGCCCUCAGCAUGUCUCCAGUGUGACCUGGUGCCCGCACCAGCUGCUGGGGCUUGGUGCCCUGCCGUGCCCAUGGGGCUGGGAUUCUGCCAGGGAUACUUUUUAAUGCAAAGCAACACAAUGAAUGUAGCCUGGGGGCAGCACGGAGCUGGGUGUUUGCUGGGGGCGGCAGGAAGAGGGGUUAGACAUUGGUCUCUCGUUGCCCACUCAACGGCUGCAAACUGGUGGGGAGGCGAAGAUACGCCUGUGCCUCCCUCCAGAUCAAUCCUGCCCAGCCCCACCAACUCAGGGGUCUGCUCCCAGGGGAGCCCAGACCCCCUCCCAGCACAGCCCUGCGCUGGGGAACAGGGACCGAGCCCACGGGCAAACCAAACCCAAACUGCCGUGGAGAGCCCAGGUCGGGGCAGGCACGGCGCCAAUAGCCCAGAGUCUGCACCGGUCAGCGCCAAAGCUGCUCUCGCACCAACACACGCUGGGCCAGUACCAGCGAUCCCCUCCCAGACCUUGUCUCUCCUGGGCCAGACACGGCUACACCGCUGCCGUCAAACCGCCAGGGGACACUCACGCCACCGGCCACAACCAGCCCUGGGCUGACAGCCCGUGGUCUGCACCGCUGGGUUCCUCUGGCCAGCAGCUGGCACAUCCAGCACUACACCCCACCCUCUCUCAGGCUCUUGUGCCCGACUGGGAGUCAGGACGCCUGGGUUCUCUGCCCAGCUCAGCCACUGACUCACUGUGCAGCCUCAGGCAAAUCACGUCCCCUUCCUGUGCCUCAGUUUCCCCAUCUGACACAUAGGUUUGAAGAUGCUGAGCUGCCAGGAGGGACGGCGCUGGCUCUGCCUGUCACUGUCCAGGGCCCUCUCUCCUGUCCGAGAAGAGGCUGUUCCAUUACAGUCAUUUCUCCUGGCUCCUCUGUGUCCAAGCGCCCACCACUUCAGCCCCCUGCUUCUGGGAUGGGAAUCUGCCUCCCUCCCUGCUCCCUCUGGGAGAAAAUGCCAGACAGUGAAUUGCUUCCUUAGCAGGUCCAUGGCCAGCCAACACCUCCGCAGGGCCCCUAGGAGCCGGGGACCCAGCCAGACCCAGCCAUUCAGCCCAGCCCAGCCAGGCCCCUCCCAGCCGCUGCACCACUGCUCUGGCAGCAGGAGAACCAGCCCGGCAGGGGCCACUGGAGCCGUCCUCACUGGCCCCCAGAAUGUGACUUGUUUGGCUUGGCAAGUGGCGUGUGGUGGGGUUCCCAGCCCCAGGGCGCAGGCUCGGGGCCCGCGGCUGGUGGCUUUGCAGGCCUGUGUCGAAUAGCCAGAUGAUGUCCAGAGGAGGGCGAUGACCCCUUGCAGCAGGGCUGAGCAGCGUGUUCUCCAUUCCCCAGAGCCCUGGCAGCCCCACCAGCCCAAACCCUGCUGGCGAGGCAGCGCCCUCCCCCUGCAGACACUCCACAGCAUGUGCUGGCCUUGCCGUCUGCGUAAGGUCUUGAGCAGCCUUUGCUGGCCCCCAAAGGCCGAGCUCUGCCGCAGACGGGGCCUUCACCUGGCGGGUGAGCGAGGGGCUCACCCAGUGACAGCUGGGGCUGCAGCAUGGGGCAGACGCUGCCAACCACUGAUGGCCCUUUGGCCGGGGGCAGCCUGGCCCUAGUAAAAGCCAGGCCGCCUCCCAGCUGGACAGGGUCGGCGGGAGGGGGGUUGCUUGUGAGUUGGUUCGAGCUGGCAGGGCACCCUGCUCUCUGCGGUGGGCAUUGCAUUUCCCAUGAGCUUGGACUGGGGAGGUUUUACUUACAGCAUAAAAAAUCACUUUGUUCUGCUCUCAGUUGUGCUGGUGUGAAGGUGGCCGAAGCACCAUGGACGUCAGUGGGGUAACGCCAGCUUUACACCACCCGGCAGGCUCUGUUGCUGCCUCUGUUUGGUGUGGAAGUCCCACUCCGCCACGUGGCUUUCCGUGGUACGUGGGGCCAAGCACCGCAGCAAGCCCCUGCUCCGAGGCCGGAACGGUUCAUUCCAGACACACGUCAGCACGUCUGGCCCAAAUGGUCAGACGCAGGAGCCUUGAGGUAGGUUCCUAAAGCCGUAGUGAGGGGCCUAAAAUGGUUGGAUUAUCAAACGUGCAGAGCACCCCCGCUCCCACUGCAGCCUGCGGGGACUCAGCACCACUGGAAAUAGAUGCAGUUUAUGGAGGUACCUAAAUAGGGGGUUUGGUGCCUAACUUUAAACUCCCAAGUUUUUACAUGCGGGCGCAUUGGAACAGUGUCCUCAGUAACCAGCUACCUCGGCUCAGUGCGAACGGCGGAGGUUAAAGUCAGCCUGCUUCCGGGCACGUCAUCUCAGGCCACCUGGACAGUGAAAUGUGGCCCCUCCAGCUGGGCUGCAGACACAGCACACAGCCAGUUUGUUAAUUCAGGGAAAAAAGCUGCUUUUGGGGAAAAAAAAGUUCUUGGAAACCUUUGAAAAACCUAAACUUGAGGCCAUGUUUGCUGGGGGGGCAGCAGCCUCAAGCAAAGCCCUGCCGUGUUUGCAAGCCCAAGGGCAGGAUGUGGGUGCAGAAUCAGACCGUGAAACUGACCUGACCCAAGGUGAAACUGCCUCCUCUCUAGUACUCUCAGCGCAAGGACAGAAAGCAGUAACCCAGCAGCAGCGGGGUGGGGGGAACGUGGGGUGUUAAAAUCCAGCUGGGUUGUUAGUACCACAGGGCAAACAACGAGACCCCAACAUGGAGGUGACAGUGUCCCUGCUGCAGUGCCUGUGAGUCGGGCGUGAAGAUGCACAGCCCCAAAUCCUGAGCUCACCUAUGGGCCUACCACUCCGGCUGCUCUGUGCUCAGAGCUGAUCUGUGCUCAGAGCAGCCAGCUUGUUGCCGGGUCGCCUUAUUCCAUACACACAGAAAUGGGGCAGAUCCUGCCAUCGCCCGUCUGUUGCGCAGCCAACCCAGACUCCUGGAGGUACAAAGCCCCCUGCUGCCACCUCCCGUGCUGCCUUUCUGGCCUCAAUUUCCACCAGAAGCCAGAGCUUCUCCGUGGCUGGAGGCGGGCUCGGCUGCGGGACCUGCACCCUGGAGGCAGGAACCUUCCCGUGUCUGGCGCCGUGGCCAGCAGCGGGGAGGCCUGGCAGCUCUGCAGACAGAGGUGGCUGCACUUCCUUGCCCUGUGCUCAGCUGUUGGCGCCUCUGGGGGCCUGAGUGACCCCUAGUACUGGGGCCACCUUCUUCCCUGCCCCGAGCCGGUGCCGAGGGUUUGGGUGUCUCGGCCUGGUUAGUGACUAGGGCUAAGGCAGCUGGGGGCUGGGACCCUGGCACAGGCUGGGAGCUUCAGAGGCCAAGUGGAGCUUAUGUACCAAAUGUGCCCCAAAGUGGCUGGUGCACCCCUGCCCCCGCCCUGCAUGGCCGUUUCCACAGCUGCCGGUUCCUGGGCAGUGCCCACCUGGCUCUCACCUGGACAAAACCAGGGGGCCCUGUUCUUGGGCCAAAGGUUUGUACCCUAGCAGCAAAAUUGCCCCUGAUGGUGGCAGCAUUGACUGACCAGAGCUAGGUCACUUCUCCAGGGCAGGGCGCCGCUGUGCACUGCUGUGGUGAUGCCUUGCACAGAUCAUGGGGGGGCUGGGUGGUGUAUGGCCGUGGGGCUGCACCAUGGGGGGCGGGGCUAAUGGACACCACGCUCACCCAGAGCAAAUCUGAAUCCUUUGUUAACGUUACCCAGGAGCAGCCCCCCCAACUGCCAAGCGUCCAGCUGGAGCAUGAGAUAGAGGGACCCCCUGCAUCCCCGGCCCCCUGCACCCGCCAGGUCGGAAGCCCUACCCCCGAAGGACAUUUCCACAGAUGACCCCACUGUGUCCUGGGCCCACCCCGUUUCCCAGCACUCUUCAUGGCACCCAGAGCCCUGCAGAGGGGCUGCAGCGUGGGGCUGGCGCACCGGGGCUGGUGUGGAGAUUUUUAAGGGGCUCAGUACGAACCCACAUGGAUGCUGGAUGUACCCAUUGUCCCAGCAUUGCACAUGUGGACGGCUGAAAGCCAGGA